AUAUUUAUUCUCGUUGGAUAACCUUUGAUAAUGUAGUAUCGUUGAAUUUUUGAGCGGAAACAUAACAGUAAUACAAAUAAUGGCGGAUCCAGAAGAGGCAGCUGUUUUAGAAGUUUCUUCUGAAUGCAAAUCUACACUUCUAAAGAAGGAAGACAGUAAAGAUACUGACAUAAUGUCAAAUUAUAGCACAUCCCUGGAGGGGUCUGUGGUGGCUUCGCCAUCAAUAGAAAGUUUCUCCACCCUCCCUGAUCAAGAAAUGUCAGAAUUUGGUUUGGAUACACGAGAUCUGCAAGUGAAAGUUGAUAAUCCACAAAAACAUCUUGACACGCUUGAAACAUAUAUCACAUUUCGAAUCACAACAAGGACUUCUCGUGCUGAGUUUGAUGAAACUGAGUAUGUUGUUCGAAGACGCUAUAAUGACUUCAUUUGGCUUCGUCAGAAGUUGGUUGAGGCUUUCCCAACUCAUCUCAUUCCACCGCUGCCUGGGAAGCACACGCUAAUUGCUCAGCUGGAUCGUUAUUCCAAAGAGUUCAUUGUGGCACGAAUGGCUUUGCUUCAUAGAUUCCUGAAUCGUGUUGCUAACCAUCCUGUGCUGAGCUGCAACCAAAGCAUGAAGGUGUUCCUCACUGCUAAACCAUCAGAAUUCUUAAUUCACCGUAAGAGUCGUCAAGGUUUCCUUGGCCGAAUGUCGACCUCUUUCCACAACCUGGCGGCAGUGUACAUGAUGCGGCAGCGCACUCAAGAGUUUGAGCAGGUCCGUGAAUAUGUGACCUCUCUUGGAGAGAAACUAAACAGUGUGGAUAGGAUUAGCCAACGUAUCCACAAAGAAAGACAAGAUUACCUAAGCGAACUGAAUCAGAUGCACCCUAUCUUCACACUGUGGUCUGCAUCAGAACCUGAACUCAGUCCAGUGUUGCUAGCCAUGGCUGCUGCUAUAGAACAUAACACACAAGCCCAGCAACAUGUUCUUGUUACAUUCACUCCUAAUAUAGUUCAGAGAGCUGUUCAAUUAGCACAGCCUCUGAAGGAAUAUCUGCUUUAUAUUGAAGCAGUGAAGGAAGCUCUCACUCGCCGUGAUUCAGUUCAAAUUGAAUAUGAACUUACUGUAGAAGAGCUGAAGAAAAAGAGAGCAGAGAAAGAUCUGUUACUGGCAGAAGAGCAAACAUCUGGUAGUGGAGGCUUCAGUCUUGGAGGAGCCUCUCUGUGGAAGAGUGCUGGAGAAGUGAGAGAUGAUAAGCUACAGAAGUUAGCACAAGCCAUCCCGCAUCUUGUGAAACAGGUGGAGGAACAUCAGGAUAAGGUGGAAUGUGCUAAUGAGAAUCUGAGGGCUGAUUUGGAUCGCUGGCAGUAUGAGAAGAAGGAUGAACUAAAGAAAUUGUUUGUGUCACUAGCUAAUCAACAAAUUAAAUAUUAUGAACAGUGCCUAGCAGCGUGGGAAGAGGUACUGCCGGAUAUGAAGGUUGUAGAUACAACUUCCUCAUACUCUCCCAGUAACAAGCUGCAACUGCAAGUACCAAGCUAGCUGUUUGGUCCAGCAUUUAACUAAUAUUAUCGCACACUGUAUAAAAUAAAUAUACCACUUGUACAGGAAUA